AAAGUCUUAACUUUCAUUUCUCUUCUGGCUCUGCAGAGAUCAGACUUAGGAAACAAAUGCUCAAGACACGGUAGUCUCCAUUUGUUCCCCUCCACAGAUUCAAGAUCUCUUGGUUGGUGUCUGAAGGUCUGAGAGAAAAUCUAGAGGGCAAAAUUUGGAAGAAUUGAGAAGAAAACACUCUUCAUUCUGUCACACAGGUACCUGAGCAGAAGUUUCAGAGGUACGGACAGACAGGCUCAGCAUCACAGCAACAAUGGCCUCAUCAGUCUUGGGGAUGGUCAAGGAGGAGGUGACCUGUCCUAUUUGUCUGGACCUCAUGGUGGAGCCUGUGAAUACAGAUUGUGGCCACAGCUUCUGCCGAGCCUGCAUCACUCUGAACUAUGAGUCCAGCAAAAUCAAAGAAGGGGAGGACAUCUGCCCUGUGUGCCGAGUUAGUUACCUGUUUGGAAAUCUGAGGCCUAAUCGACAUGUGGCCAACAUAGUAGAGAGGCUAAAGGAGUUCAAGUACAGCCCAGAGGAGGAGCAGAAGGUGAAUGUCUGUACACAGCAUGGAGAGAAACUCCAGCUCUUCUGUGAGAAGGACAUGGUGGCCAUCUGCUGGCUUUGUGAGAGAUCUCAGGAGCACCGUGGUCACCAAACAGCUCUCAUUGAAGAGGUGGCCAAUAAGUAUGAGGGGAAGCUCCAAGCUGCCCUGGAGAUACAGAUGGCUAAUGAGAAAAGAUGUGACCAGUGGGAAGAUGACCUUCAAAAGGAGAGAGAUUUCUGGAAGAACCAAAUACAGGGUGAUGCAAAAAACAUUCAGAACGAGUUUAAAGGACUGCGGGAAUUCCUGGACUCCAAAGAGGAGAAUGAGCUGCAGAAGCUGAAGCAAGAGUGGGAAGACAUUCUGGACAUCCUGGAAGAUUCUCAAAAUGAACUAGAGAAGCAGAGGGAGUCAGUGAGAGAUGUCAUCUCAGCUCUGGAGCAUCGGUUGGAGUGCUCAACCAUAGAGAUGCUGCAGGGUGUGAAUCAUGUCCUAGCAAGGAAUCAGAAUUUAAGAAUAAAACAGCCCAAAAUUGUUUCAAGAAGACAGAGAAGGAUCUUCCGAGUUCCAGAUCUGAAAGGCAUCCUGCAAGUGUUUCAAGGGCUCCAGGAUGCCCAGCACCACUGGGUUCACGUGACCCUGCAUCAAACACACAAUAAAAACAUUGUCAUUAAUGAAGAUAAAAGACAAAUACAACAUCGAAAUAAUAAUAGAAGAAAUCCCCAAUUUUCUAAGACCUAUAAUUUGGGUGUCCUAGGGUAUCCAGCUAUCCACUCAGGGAAACAUUACUGGGAAGUAGACGUGACUAGAUGUGAUGCCUGGCUCCUGGGAAUAAAUGAUGGAAGAUGUGCUCAACCCCAGCUUCCUGCAACGAAUGAAAAGGACUUCAAAGUCAAAAAUAAUUCUGAUGUUAAACAAUGUGUAAAUUAUCAGCUUGAAUAUGUCUUUGACUGGAAAUACAAACAUGAUUUUGGGGACAGACAAUAUGUGAAUUAUCAACCUAAACAUGAAGAUAAAGAUGAUUCUGAUGAUAAACAGCAUGUAAAUUAUCAGCCCAAAUGUGGCUACUGGGUUAUAGGGAUGACAGACAGGUCUGUGUACAAUGCCUUUGAAGAGUGUUCCAUCACCCACAAUGCCAGUGUCUUGCUCCUCUCUCUGACUUGUCCUCCCACUCGUGUUGGAGUUUUCCUGGACCGAGAAGCUUGCACUCUCUCAUUUUAUGAUGUUUCCAACCAUGGAGCUCUUAUCUAUAGAUUCUAUGAACCGAACUUCCCUGAUGUGGUUUAUCCAUAUUUUAAUCCUAUGAUGUGUUCAAAGCCAUUGACAGUCUGUGGGCCGCCUUCCUAAACCCUCACCCAUGUCUGCACAGUGCCCCUGUGUCUGAUGUAUCUCAUAUGUCUAAGCUCUGUGGGAUCAUUUUAUCUUUUUCUACUUUUGUCUUCCCAUGUCAGUGACCUUCACUUCUAAAUACAAACCAGCAUUGGUUCUUUUAUUGAUCCAGUUGCUUGUCUGUUUACGAGGUUAUAGUAAUUUAUCUCUUCCCAGAUUUCCCAGACAAUGACUCUUUCCUCAUGAGGUGAGGUAAGACCUCUGCUAACCCAUACUUCCUGUUUGUGGUGCCAGAUGGAAGCCAGGGCCUUGAACAUGCUGAGGAAGUGCUCUGCCCCUGAGCCACUUAUCUCAGCUCUGCCAAGUCUCUACAACCCCAUUCCUCUGUCACUGACAGAAGAUGACAGAAAGAUCUUCUCCAGCUUGUCUAUUACUUUUGAAAAUAUAUAUUGGAGUGUCUAGCCUAGGAAUGAGCUCUUAGUGGUACAUAGUUUAACCACAGUGCUGUGCUUCAUUAAAACCUAAGGAAAUAUCUCCAACACACCCACUAAGACUUUGAUGUUCUUAGUACCUCCCUUUGCUCUAUUUCUGCCACUCCUCACAGCAGUGUGGCCCUGAAUGACAUCCUCAAAGGCCUAUGCCUAUGUCUUUUUAUUUUUGCAUUUUUGAUAUAAAUCCUGUUCCUAUACUCUAGGUCGUUGUAAAAAAAUAAAUGUGUGGUCUGUUUUAAGGCCCCGAGGGUAAAAGCAAGGCUGUUGGCAGGGUUCAGUCACUCAAACCCACCUGCAAAGGAGCAGCCAACUCCUAUAGAUUAACCUCUGCCUCCUACACAUGGCAGUAUACACAAAUGCAAAAUGGAUUGUGUUAGUAUUAGAAAGGAAAUAAAUUCACUGAGAAUAAAACAUCUAUUUUACAGUCAGUAAAUGGCUGUAUGUUAGUUUGGGGGCAAAGAUACUGUACUGGCUUCAUGCUACAAUGGGCAAAUGGAUAGGCUGAGGGUGGCUAAUAUUUGACUUUCCUAAUAUUUGACUUUGCUAAUUAGGUCCUGGGAAGUGUCAUCAAGUCUACUCCAAUAUGGUGUAGAUUUUAUAAAUGUUUGGCUUUUGAGAAAUUUCAGAAUCAAACAUAUCAGUUGGGUGUGACUGUACCCCAAAAUCUCUGAGAGAUUUAUCAUAGGAAUAAGACCUUCAACCUAACUUGGGUUGAAAAACCUGGAUCCACCUCAUUGGGACAAAAAGUGACAUCAUUUUAAAAGCCAGCAAUUCUUUUCCUCCCUGCCAGAAAACUAGCAGCAACACACCUUGUUUUGCUAGCAGUCUGUCAGCUGAUAAACUAAGGGACCUGCCACUUCUGGUGAUGUAACACUCCUGUUCCCUCUCUGCUCUUCCACCUAGGCAGGCAUUCUUUGAUAUUUGAACUGAUAACCCCUUCUUGCCCUCAAUCCAACCUGUGUAUGUAAAGUUAUGCUUUUUGGGUACCCCUUUGUCUUCAUGCUAUUUACAAAUCAGCCUGCUACCCCAAACAAACAACUGCCCCAAUGCAGACUUCCUUUCAAUACCCUAGCCUCUGUUCUUCCCUGGAUCCUAGACUACUGGUGCUCCCUGGAGUCUUGGGGAUAGAUAACAACAGUUUUUCACAUCUGUUUCUUGAGAGAAUGAGUGUUAUUGUACUAUUUAGUUCCUAUCAAGUAUGUAAAUCCUUUGAUUUCUGUUUUAAAGUGAAGGUGAUUACACUGAUCCCAAUAAACUUACCUUGUGCUGUGUUGUGAAACGCAAAGAAUAUAAUGUUUCUAGGAACUUACCUCAUGUAAAUUAUAUACAAUACGAUGUCUGUUUUGUCUCCUUGCUGUGACUGUAAUAAAGAAUUGCUGAGAUUAAGAACCAGA